AUGUGGCUUGCCGGGCAGCUGCGGCAGCUUCAGGCCUGUCGUCGCUGCCACCUCUUCUUCCCUCACUCCGGCGGCGCCCUCCUCGCCAGCCUCCGCCUCGUCUCCUCCGGUGAGCUCAGCGGCGGCGGCGCCGCCCACUUCAUGGUCGACUACCUCGUCGACUCCUGCGGCCUCUCCACCUCUGAGGCCCUGAGGGUUUCUCUGAAUCUUGCCCAUCUGAAGUCGCCAGAGAAGCCCGCCACCGUCGUCCGCCUCCUCAGGGAGGAGGGCCUGGAGGUCGCCGACAUCCGCUGCGUCGUUCUCAAGGUCCCUAGGGUGCUACUCGCCGGCGCCGAGAAGACUCUGCGGCCGAAGAUCGGAGCCCUCCACGGCGCCGGCUUCUCUGGCCGGGACGUGGCUCAGAUCCUCUCUGCAAACCCUAACAUCGUCUUCUUCCGCGACGUCCCCCGUCGCGUCGAGUUCUGGAAGAAGGCCCUCGGCACGAACCAGAACCUCCUGAAAACCCUAAAGAGGGAUCCUCGCCUGCUCUGCUACAGCCUGGAGAACAGAGUUGGCCCCGGGCUGUGCCUCCUCCGCGAUCUCGGCAUCCCCGAGGACCGACUGGCGGCGCUGAUCGUUCGCAGACCUAGAUUGGUCUCCGGCAAGCCGGAGAGGAUCAGAUCCCUCUUCGAAUGGGUGAGGAGCUUAGGGAUCACGCCGGAUUCGAGGAGGUUCGUGGAGGCGCUCGCCUCCCUGGACAACCUCAGCAGAGCCACAUUCGACGCCAAGGUCGAGCUCCUGAGGAGCUUCGGAUGGACGCAGCAGGAACUCCUCUCUGCGAUCCACCGGUUCCCGGUCAUCCUGCGGUACUCCGAGAAGAAGAUCCAGGCCAUGAUGGAGUUUUUGCUGAAGGUGGUCGGCUGCGAUCCUUCCUACGUCGCUCGCCAUCCAACCCUAGUUGGAUACAGUAUGGAGAAGAGGUUGAUGCCGAGGUUCUUCGUCCUGCAAUCCCUCAGGACGAAGGGAAUCCCCACUGGUGGCAACUGCCUGCUGUCCGCCAUGCUUGUCAGCGAGGAGAGCUUCGUGGAGAGGUACAUACUCCGCCAUGGAGAGGAUGCUCCCGAGCUCCUCGAAGCCUACCGCGAUCUCUGCUCAGGUAAAGCUAAAGAAGCUUCCGCCGGCGGCGAGUGA